AUGAAACCGCACCUGAAGCAAUGGAGACAAGGAAUGCUCUGCGGGGUGUUUGCCUGGGGGCUCCUCUUUGUGGUGAUCUUCCUCUACUUCACCGACAGCAGCCCUGCCAAGCCCUCGCCCAGCUCCUUCUCCUUCCUGGAGACCCGGAGGCUGCUGCCCGUGCAAGGGAGGCAGCGGGCCAUCAUGGGAGCCUCAGAGGGCCUGCCCGACGUUGCAGACUCGCGGCGGGGGUCUCCCCGGGGACUCCCAUCCGGCCCCCUGCGGACAUGGGCAGGAGAUGGCUUUGAACGUGAGCAAGAGUUUCUUUCGGCCCAGCCAGGGAGAAUGUCCCUAAGCGCUUUUCCCCCGGAGGACCCCGCUCCUGGCACGUCGGGGCGCCUCUCCCCUGGGGACCCAGGCCCAGAAGAGGCUCGGCCGCCACGCACAGCCCCGGGACGGCGGGCGAAGCGAGGGCCCCGGAGGCAGAGCCGGAGCGCAGGGGGCGAGGACGGGGAGCGGCUGUACUCGUCCAUGUCCCGGGCCCUGCUGAGACGGCUCUGGAAGGGCGAUGCGUCGGCGCGCAUGCUGCACCCGCGCCUGCAGAAGGCCAUGGGUGCCUACCUGCGUGCCAACAAGCACGGCGUGCGCUUCCGGGGGCGCCGCGCGUCGGGGCGGAGCCGCACCGAGCUGCUGUGCGCGUUGCGGGGCCGCGUGCAGGUGCGCACCCUGGACGGCACUGAACCGCCCUUCUCGGCGCUCGGCUGGCGCGCGCUGGUCCCUCCGGUGCCACUCAGCCGGCUGCUCCCGCGCAGGCUCCGGACCUGCGCCGUGGUCACGUCGGCAGGCGCCAUCCUCAACUCAUCUCUGGGAGAGGAGAUAGAUUCCCACGAUGCGGUUUUGAGGUUUAACUCUGCUCCUACACGUGGCUACGAGAAAGAUGUCGGAAAUAAAACCACCGUCCGCAUCAUUAAUUCCCAGAUUCUAACCAACCCCAGCUAUCACUUCAUGGACAGUGCAUUGUAUAAAGAUGUCAUCUUGGUGGCCUGGGACCCAGCUCCUUAUUCUGCAAAUCUUAACCUGUGGUACAAGAAGCCAGAUUACAACCUGUUCACACCGUAUGUUCAGCAUCGUCAGAGAAAUCCGAACCAGCCAUUUUACAUUCUCCACCCCAAGUUUAUCUGGCAGCUUUGGGACAUCAUCCAGGAGAACACGAAGGAGAAGAUCCAGCCCAACCCACCAUCCUCUGGCUUUAUCGGCAUCCUGCUGAUGAUGAACCUGUGUGGCGAGGUGCACGUGUAUGAAUACGUCCCAUCAGUGCGGCAGACAGACCUGUGUCACUACCACGAGCCCUACCAUGACGCCGCCUGCACACUGGGCGCCUACCACCCGCUGCUCUACGAGAAGCUGCUGGUGCAGCGGCUCAACGUGGGCACCCAUGGUGACCUGCACCGCAAAGGCAAGGUCGUGCUGCCCGGGUUGCAGGCUGUGCGCUGCCCGCCAGGUGCCUGA